CCCGCCCAACUCGCUUUGCGUCGCAUCUGGAUCUGAAAACUGUCAUCAGCAGCCGCAAUCAGCAGCACAGCCGUAUCGGUGGCCGCAAGGGAGAAGAGGAGAAUCUAAUCACGGGAAGACUGGAAGGUGUACCUCUACAUCUGAUCAUCAUAUCUCUUUUUUCCUGUCUCUCUCUUGCUUUUUUCCUUUUGAAUGGAAUAGUCUCUUCUCUACACCCGAUCAUCUCUCACAGAAACAGAAGAGGUUUAAAAACAUUAGAGUAACGUUACAACGAAGGGAGGGACUAAUGGAGGAAUAAAAAUCAAAGGAGAAGAGAGGAGACAUUUACCUCUCUCCUAGACUACACUCGAUAAUCUCAAUAUCGCUCUCCUUUGCGCUAUCUCUCUCUGGUCAUGGCUGUGCAGGGGACCAGCCUGCUAGAGAACCCGGUCCAGGCAAUUCUGUACCUUAGAGAACUGACCACUAUAGUUCAGAACCAGCAGAGCCUCAUCCAGACACAGCGCCUGCGCAUUGACGAACUGGACCGGCGCGUGGACGACCUGCUCGGGGAGAACAGGAAUCUGCGCGAUGCAAGAGUACAACAUCAUUAUCAUCAUCCCCCGGACUCCAACCGGAACCUUCAUCACCGUCAUCCUCAGCACCCACAUCCAGACACACAACCUCAUGACACCGGGUCUCUGCCUGCCCAGCAUCCGCCUGAGAUCCACCCGGACCAAGAAAAGCCGCCUCCUCAGCCCGCUAAUCCGGAGGACAUGCAGUUGGUACCGGCCCAGCAGCAGUCACCGAGCCCUCCGCCAAGCGAGGCCGGCCCGGGCAUGGGGGAGGACGGCAGGACCAGCCCGGGCUGCCGCGCACUGAAUCCCCUGGUUCCCCUAGCUCCCCCCACUCUCUGCCGCUCGCUGGCUCUCGCCAAUCAAUCAGAGAGUCAGACAAUACUACAUCAGUUCUGCUGUCCUGCCCCAGAGGCUGCUCCCACUGGCUCCUCCAGUGAUCGGCAGCUGCUGAGUCUGGAGGGCGGGAAUUCCUCCAGCGGACAGGAAGGAGAGGGGUCGGGGGGUGUGGCUCGGAGAGAAGGACCCAGCGACUACGAACUUGCCCUGGAGAACAAGACCAAACAGAUAGAGGAGUUGGAACAGAGGUACGCUGGUCACCUGGUGUCGCGGCGCGCUGCGUGUUGUAUUCAGAUGGCGUUCCGUCAGUACCAGCUCAGUAAGAACUUCCAGAAGAUCCGGAACUCUCUGUCAGAGAGCAAGUUGCCACGCCGCAUCUCCCUGCGGCGGCCCAACCCCAGCCGGAACCAAAAACCCACCCAGCGACACAGCUUCCUGUUAGAGACCGGGAGACCCCCCCUGCGCCCCAAAACACCCCCACCACCCCCUUCACGCUCCACCUCCCUGCCCCCCUCCCCCGCCACAGUCCCGGGCCCCGGGCCCUCGCUUACACAGCUGGAGGACUGCUUCUCAGAGCAGGUACGCUCACUGGCCCAUUCGAUAGACGAGGCCCUGCGUGGGUGGAGCCUGUCGGAGGGGGUUGAAGGGGGGACAGGGGGGCUGCUGAUGGACCCCAGGGCGUUUCGGAUGGCUGCACAGAGUGCCUGUAUGCCUCGCAGUGCCAGCUCCCUGCUCAUGGCCUUCAGAGACGUCACGGUUCACAUCGACGCCAACAACUACACUGUCUCCACGACUACCACCUCCACAACCACUGCUACCCACGGCAACACAGGGGCAGAAGCGGGAGGGAGCAGGCAAGUCUCAGUGGACGGGGGAGAGAGGGCAGGAGGGGUGAGGACUCAAUCAACAACCUCCCAGCUGAGGGGUGAGGAGGAGUUUCCUGCCCCCCCUCCCAGUGAGGAGUUGUUGGAGGGAGGAGGGUCGAGAAGGGGGUCAACUGUGACAGGGCAGGGGGGAGAGAUGGGGGGGCAGAGUGUCUCAGAGAGACUCAGUUCCACCUCCACCUCUACCUCAGCCCAGUCUAACCAGUAUACCACUCAGUCCUCCUAUUCCCAGUACCCCCAGUACUCCACAUACCCCAAGGCUCAUCACCCACAGUCCCAGCCAGGGUCCCAGUCAACCAGGGACCCCACCUCUGAGGCUCUCCAGGCCCUGGUCCUCUCUCUGCCUAGAGACCGCUGCCAGGACCCUACCUCCUGCCGAUCCCCCACACUCUCCACUGACACGCAUCGCAAACGACUCUAUCGCAUUGGACUCAACCUCUUCAACGUGAACCCAGAGCGAGGCAUCCACUUCCUGAUCACGCGUGGUUUUGUCCCAGACACGCCCAUGGGCGUGGCCCACUUCCUGCUACAGAGGAAGGGCCUGAGCCGACAGAUGAUUGGAGAGUUCCUUGGGAACAGUAAGCUGCUCUUCAACAGAGACGUCCUGGACUGUGUGGUGGAUGAGAUGGACUUCUCUGGGAUGGAGCUGGAUGAGGCUCUGAGGAAGUUCCAGUCUCACAUCAGAGUCCAGGGAGAGGCCCAGAAGGUGGAGAGACUCAUUGAAGCUUUCAGUCAGAGGUAUUGUAUGUGUAAUCCCGAGGUGGUGCAGCAGUUCCAUAACCCAGACACCAUUUUCAUCCUGGCCUUUGCUGUGGUCCUCCUCAACACUGAUAUGUAUUCCCCUAACAUCAAACCUCAACGCAAGAUGGGCCUUGACGACUUCAUACGCAACCUACGAGGAGUGGACGACGGAGCAGACAUCCCCAGGGAGAUGGUGACAGGGAUCUAUGAGAGGACCCAGCAGAGAGAGCUACGCUCCAACGAAGACCACGUCACCUACGUCAGCCGUGUGGAACAGUCCAUACUGGGCAUGAAGACUAUCCUGUCUGUCCCCCACCGUAGGCUGGUCUGCUGCUGUCGUUUGUUCGAGGUGGCAGACUUCAACAAACCUCUGAAACAGAAACUGGCCAACACCCAAAGAGAGGUGUUCCUUUUCAACGACCUCAUACUGAUCCUGAAGCUGUGUCCAAAGAAGAAGACUUCUGCUUCUUACACCUUCUGUAAAGCCAUGGGUCUACUGGGCAUGCAGUUUCACCUCUUCAGCAAUGAUUACUAUGCUCAUGGCAUCACCAUGUUGAGUCCGUUCUCUUCAGAGAAGAAGCAGCUGGUGAGUUUCUGCUCCCCCAGCGGAGAGGAGCUCAGGAAUUUCACAGAAGAGCUACGUGAGUCCAUCACUGAGGUCAACGAGAUGGAGCAGAUACACAUCCAAUGGGAGCUGGAGCGAGAACAGGGGGUGCAGACUCACACCCCCCACACCAAUGGAGGACAGAUGGACACACUCAGUCGACACACAGGAUCGCCCACUGCUCAGCAAGAUCUGUAUGACAAGACUGGCAACAACACUGUGGAGGUGUCAAUUCACAAUAGGCUGCUGCAGACCUACCACAUGACCCAGCCCAGCCCUGAUAGGCUGCUCCAGACCUACCAUGUGACCAGUCCUGACUCUACCCAACUGGCUCUGGCAGCACCAGCCAUGCUAAGUGCCACCCACCCCGGAGAGUUCCGCCCAGACACCCUCAUCCAAUGCCAGCAGAUUGUCAAGGUGAUCGUCAUGGACCAGAGCGGCCGCGGGAGAAUGGAAGCUUUCCUCAACCAAGGAAGCCCCACCUCCCACCACCGCCUCAUCCAAUCAGCAAUGUCCACGCCAGUACGGGUCAGAGAGGGAUCUGAGCCCCCUCUGCCUCCCCCUCCUCCCCCCUACAACCACCCCCACCAGUACUGCCCCCCCGACUCCCCCUGCCCUCUCUCACACACCCUGCCUCACCCCCUCCGCAGACGCAACUCUAGUGGCUCCCGCAGCCUCGUCUGACAUAUCAACCCCUCACCCCUGACCCUACCACACCGUAUCAUGCAGCCUCUGACCUUUUGUUAAAUAGCCAUGUACUGUAUUGGUGAAACACACACAACACAAACACUCAUAGACAAAGAUAGAGAAAAGUUGAGACGAGGAAGGGAGGAAGAGAAAGCGGGCGGGAAGGAAGUCGGCUGAGAGAAAGGGAAUAAGCCGAUAAAGCGAGUGGGAGAUAAUGGAGAGGAUUCAAAUCAAUAUAAAAUCAAAGUAAUCUAAUGAUUUCAUGUGUAUUUUUGAAUAGGAUGUCAUUUUGACAACAUUUCUAAACAGAUUUUCUAAUCGUACAGCUCUUGUGACACAGUGUCAUCUGUACAUAUCUAUAUCUGUUCCUGACUUUAGAAAGAACGAUUUAGGAUGCCCCCUCUCACCCCCUGAUCCCUGACUCUAACCCUGCCCUUAUGUCACACAGCUGAUGGAAUACACAGAUCUCCUCCAUGUGUGGAGCUGUCUAGACAUGGAGACAGGUCACCUCAAUGACAUCAUCAACAUCAUCUAGGGUUUUAGCCCUCCUCUUUAGCACACUAUGUUUUGGUGAUGUGUGGUAAAAUAUGAUAAUGAGAUGCUUAUAAUACUUUUGAUCGUGAAGAAGUGAGUAUGUCAGAGUAGCAGGGAGGGAAGAAGUGAGUAUGUCAGAGUAGCAGGGAGGGAAGAAGUGAGUAUGUCAGAGUAGCAGGGAGGGAAGAAGUGAGUAUGUCAGAGUAGCAGGGAGGGAAGAAGUGAGUAUGUCAGAGUAGCAGGGAGGGAAGAAGUGAGUAUGUCAGAGUAGCAGGGAGGGAAGAAGUGAGUAUGUCAGAGUAGCAGGGAGGGAAGAAGUGAGUAUGUCAGAGUAGCAGGGAGGGAAGAAGUGAGUAUGUCAGAGUAGCAGGGAGGGAAGAAGUGAGUAUGUCAGAGUAGCAGGGAGGGAAGAAGUGAGUAUGUCAGAGUAGCAGGGAGGGAAGAAGUGAGUAUGUCAGAGUAGCAGGGAGGGAAGAAGUGAGUAUGUCAGAGUAGCAGGGAGGGAAGAAGUGAGUAUGUCAGAGUAGCAGGGAGGGAAGUCUGCCAGUGUAUGUGCGUGUGAAAGGGUGUGUCUGUGUGUGCUUCUUUGCAUGUGUGUGCGAAUACCAUUGAUCUAUUCUCUGAGGUUUUGCUACACUGGUCCAAGCCUCACACUCAGGAAUAUACCAGUACUGACGACAAACUGUUCAACAUUCUAACUUAUUGUUUGAUCAGUAAUAACAUGAACAUUCUAUGUUAUUAACUGGUAAUGUUCUAACGUUAUAUCUAAUUUGUCCUGUUGAAUAUUCAAUCUCACUUUCUGAAUCCCUAAAGGGUUAACUAUUACCCAUUCUCACCUGUUCUCCACUGGACUGCAUGUCACAUAGGAAUGUAUAUACACACACAGUACACACACAUGCACACACAGAGCGUUAAACCACAAAAUUACUUAUUAAGUAUGUUUAUCAGAAUAUUGAAUAUGUUUCAUUAUUAUUAUUAUAGAGUGUUGUUACAUCUCUUCCUUCCCCUCUCUCUGAGGGCUUUGACACGUGGUGACCCACUGAGGCUGAUCUUCUUCGUGUUGCACCAUAUUAUUAGAGUAUAUCGGAAAACUGGAUAUGUGCACAGUAUAUAGGUGGUAUAUAUAUAUAUAUAUAUAAAAUGUAAAAGGAAUGGACGGACUGCCGAUGUGUGUAUUUGUACAGAGAGGUGGAAAUCUAUUUGUUUUUCAGAUUAUGGGGGCAACAGCACCCCACUGUUACCACGAGAGACACACACAGAGAUGAUGACACAUUAUCAUAAUUAGAGCUCUGUGUAAAGGGCUAUACUGUAGCUAUGAUCACACUAGCGUUAGCAUUAGCUAGAUGGUUUAGUGGAAAACAAGCAGGAGUCAUAGUAGACAUUUUAGCAUGUUCUAAAGCCCUAACAUAUCACCCUAACCCUGAGUCUGGCUCGCCUGUCCUGCAUCCAUCUUGGAGAUGUCUUACACUGUUGAAGAGAGCACCUGUGCACCGUCACAUUAAGUAUUUACUAAGAUAUCAUGUUAUUAACAAUUACAGUGUUUACUAAUGGAAUAUUUCUAAAGGUUUCUGUUUGAAGAGAAUUACAUAAUAAAGUAGUUUGUACUCUGCCUUGA